CAGCACCGGGAAGAAGGUCAUCACCUAAUCAGCAGCUUAUUGGGGUCUACUCUGCCAUCUUUCCCACUAAAGAGUCAAUUCCCGUCACUCCCUUUUGGGCUUCCUUUGCCCCUGGGCCAUCGGUUGUCCCAGCGUGGCCUGUGCAACCUCUCCCGGCUCCUCUCCCGUCCCCAACCAUGGCAGACAAACCCCGCAAGCACAGCCGAAAAUCCAAGCGGUGUUUAUCCUGUGAAGCUCCUUUCUCCGAGGCAGCAGAGGGGGACCUGUGCCCCAGCUGCUCCCUGCCGCCUGUCGGGCAGCUGAAUGUCACAGAGCAGGGCACGGAGCUCCAAUGGCGCGACACCAGGGCCCCCUCUCCUGCAGCCAGCUAUGGGUCAGGAGACGACCCACAGGAUCAGGAGCAAGAGGAGGAGAAGGAGGAGAAGACGGCCCUGCGUCUGGCGGAGUGGAUCUUCCCAGCCGAGCUGCCGGACGCGAUUCGCGGGAUGGAACCUCCAGGCUCAGCCAGGCUGAAUUCCAGGAAGAGGAGGAAAGAAGGGGCGGGGCCCAACGGGGCUGCCGAGGCAGAUGGCAUUCCACCGAAGAUGCCACGGAACUGUUUAGGACUCAGGGAGCCAGCUCCAUUUUCCGAUGAGCUUGAAGUGGACUACAGCAAGCCUUACUUCCGAGUAACGUAUGAGGAGGCACUGAGAGGGACCCCACUGGACAGACCAGUCAGAGUGUAUGCGGAUGGGAUUUUUGACCUUUUCCACUCUGGACACGCCAGGGCCUUGAUGCAGGCGAAAAACCUCUUCCCGAACACCUAUCUCAUCGUAGGAGUCUGCAGCGAUGAGCUGACGCACAACUUCAAGGGCUUCACGGUGAUGAACGAGACUGAGCGCUACGACGCCGUGCAGCACUGCCGCUAUGUGGAUGAGGUGGUGAGGAAUGCGCCGUGGACGCUCACGCCGGAGUUCUUGGACGAGCACCGGAUCGACUUUGUUGCCCACGACGACAUCCCGUAUUCCUCUGCCGGGAGUGAUGACGUCUAUAAGCACAUCAAAGAAGCAGGAAUGUUUGCACCCACGCAGAGGACCGAAGGGAUCUCCACAUCGGAUAUCAUCACCCGUAUUGUCCGCGACUAUGACGUCUAUGCACGGCGGAACCUGCAGAGAGGUUAUACGGCCAAAGAGCUGAAUGUCAGCUUCAUCAAUGAGAAGAAGUACCAUUUGCAAGAGCGCGUUGACAAAGUGAAGAAGAGGGUGAAAGAUGUGGAAGAGAAGUCCAAGGAGUUUGUCCAGAAAGUGGAGGAGAAGAGUAUUGAUCUCAUUCAGAAAUGGGAAGAGAAGUCCCGCGAAUUCAUCGGCAACUUCCUGGAGAUGUUCGGACCCGAAGGAGCUCUGAAGCACAUGCUGAAAGAGGGCAAGGGCCGCAUGAUGCAAGCCAUCAGCCCCAAGCAGAGUCCGAGCAGCAGCCCGACGCACGACCGCUCUCCUUCGCCGUCCUUCCGCUGGCCCUUCACCGCCAGGACGCCCCCCUCGUCCCCAGCCAAUCUCUCCAGGAACAAGUCGACAGUUACCUAUGACAUCAGUGAGGAUGAAGAGGACUGAGGACCUGCCCCAGGAAGGGGUGGGGGGGAUGUUGCAAAUGCUUCCUUGGCAAAUCCCACCUUCGAGCCCUGCAGAGCACCAGGAAGCCAGCUCCGAGAGGUUGGGUUUGUCGCAGUGGCCGUCUGGAGGGGCAUCUUCUCUCGCAAAAAGGGCUACUGCCUGGGGGAGUGGGGCAAAUGGUAAUCUUCUCUGGCGAUGGCCACCUUCCCUGCCUCUUCCCUUCCCCUUUUAUCACUUCUUUCCUGGUGGUUAUUUGGAGAAGAGGGGAACAUGGGCUCUUUUUCAUUUUAAAGCAAAUGCAUUCUUUUAAACCGUGGCCAAUAGCAUUACCUUGGCUAACCUGGCUGGUGGGGAAGAGAGACGGACCCCUGGGCAAGCCUCCCUGCCUGCCUGUCCGUUUUGCCACCUCCCCACCCCCACCCCCAGGUCCUUUUAUGGCGGCAAGGUGAUGCGCUGCUUCCCUGCAAUCUGGCUCCAGGUUAGGACCUGCCAGGCCCUCAAGGCAAUGCAGAAAGCAAUUACGCAGGCGUGUAAUAAGGGCACCGAGAGAGGGAUGGCUGCAGGUUGGGGAGUCAAGAAGUGAGACUUGGUUUCCUGAUAUCUCAGAGCAGAAGUGGGCACCUUGCAAGUGCUCCAAUUCCCAUGUUGCUAGUUCUUAAGAAUAAAAGAAGGCGGGGCUGUGCAAAUCGCAGGUUCCCACUGUGAUGCUAUUGGGGUUUUUGUCUCCCUGUUUUUCCUGUUUGGCGCCAAAAAAAGAAACCCCAAAUGACAGAAUCUGCUCACGAACUCAUGCCGAGAGGAUCCUGUAUGUUUGAGCCACUUGUGGAUGUGCAGUAGGGCGUAGUGGUAGAAGCUUUCAGAAUGGCCCCAUGGAUGGUCCCAUGGAAAAAGCUAGCAAAGCCAGCACCAUGGAAAGGUGCUUGCUUUUGUGUUGGGCGGAAGCUUCAGGCUGACAGUUUCAGUCUCUUGGGUGGGAAAGGCAUAACAUCUGCAAGCCCAGAGCUGGGCCAAGUUGGCCGAGCUCAUUCUGUGGAGUUUGGAGAGCUGACCCUGAUCCUCGUGGCACACACACACCCCACCCCCGCCCUGGGUCAUGAUUCUGUGGGGCCCCUGCUGUAGAGCAGUAAAGCCAAAAGGGCUUGGGAAGCUGUUCCAAUGGCCUUUCACUGCUGAGCGUGGCGUUCUCUGGGCAAAAGUCUGAUCUCCCUUUCUCGUGUCUGGUGUCCGGUCUUUGCUGCCUGGCAUCUGGCUGGGAUGUCUCCAUGCCUUCUUGAAAUACCCCCUUGCAACAACUCCCCCGCUCUCUGUACAUCUGUCCGUGGAGAUCUCCUCUCGUUUGUCUGCCUCUUGUCAGUGUGUGAACUGCUGAGUAACUCGGGACCCGCUGCCUGCCCUUCGUGACAAAGGGGAACUGCCCCCUUGUUGGAAAUGUUGCUGGAUGUGUGCUGUGCCCCCAGGAGGUCCGGUAGGGCAGCUCCAAGCAGAGGGUGCCACGCGGGCACCGUCCAGCCUCCAGAUCUGCUGUCUGUACCAAGCAGGAGGCCUUCCAGCUGCUGGCUCUGCCCCAGGCAGGGCCCGAGUCCACAUCAGGCAAGGCAGCUGCUCCUCCACCCCGAAGGGCUGCCCACUCACUGGGGAUUCUGUUCCCACGGUGUAACCACCCGUGUUCGAUGUCUCUGUCGGCUCUAUAGCUUCAUGUCAAUGAAUGGCUUCUCCCUGCAUUUGGGGCACGGUGGGACUGCUUCGGACACUUGCCUGUUGUCUUAAGAUCCGCACCAGUGUCCCUGGAGCGUAGUUAGGUGAAUCGGAUGUGGAAGAGUUAUAGAGCAUCAUCACCACAACUGCACAGGUCAGUCUGAUUUGGGUCAGCCUGUUAAGCUGUGACCUGGCCGGGAGGCAGAAGUGGUGUCUUUCAGAUGGGCCCCCCGCAGCCUGACAUCGCCCCUGUUGUGAGCCAAUGGCUGUGGUCCUGCUAUAGCUCAGAGAGCUUGAAAGAUUUCUUGCCCUGCAUUAAGUUGCUCCUGGAUUGGUCCAUCUGGGUUCUAUACCAUCGUCCCCCUUUCGGUGCUUAACCAGCAACAGUCGCUUUCCGCCCUAUUCAGACAAUUUGAAGAGGUCCACGUUUGAGGUAUAGUCAAAGCUAGCAAAGCAGAGAGGGUUAGUCACUGUUCAUGCAUCUUGUAUUUCAGAAAAGCUGAUAACCCACCCACCCCCAAGGAGCAAUUGUACUUUCUGGCCACAUUACAACUGAAUAGUAGAUUGAAAUGCAUUAACACUCAGAUGCUGUCUUUUCAUGUAAGUAUUUGCAAGCCGGGGUCUUUUCCUCACCUUGUCGCACGUUUUUAGGAAGUGUUUGGAUUUAGAAGUCCAUGCCCUGAGAAAGCGCAGGUCACUGCCAGGUCCCCUCUGGAGAUUGUUCUAGCACUUUGGCCAAUAGCAGUACUUGUGUGAAUUUGCCAAUGGAGAACAGCCCUGUGGCUUCAGGUGGCGAAGCAAAAGAGCGUGCAGUGCAUGCGCUGUUGAGUCUGGAGCUGGAAUUGCAGAGCUGUCUGUAUAACCAUUCUGCUUGGGCAGUGAUUGCAGAGUUAGGUUGUCAGAGGGCAUCCACGGAGACCUGGUGGACUUGGGCAUUACGCUGCUGUCAAUGAACCAGAGGAUUCCAGAGUAUUUGCAUCUGAAUCUAUUCUGGUGACUGUGGACCAUACACUGAGGAAUUGGCAUGUGCCCCAUUCAGUGGGAUAGGGGGAGAAGCAAUUCAGUGGGAUAGGGGGAGAAGAAAUCUACUCCUUUGUGGGCUGCCUUGCAUGAGCAUGCUGGUGGGUGGGGGAACAAGCUGCAAUUUGAAAAAUCGCUAGCAAAAGAUGUACUGCGGUGUGUGUGUGAACAGCCACUCCUAACCCUACUCCCUAGAUGUGGUUGGACUGUGACUCCCAUCACCCCUGCCACAAUCACCUUGGGACACUGGAUGUGAUGGGAGUCAUGCUCCAAGAACAUCUUGGGACCCAAGGUUGGAAACCCCUGCCUUCGCGUUCUCCCUAGCAUUCAAGAGUCCUAACCAUCCAUUUGUGCAACUUCUCCAGCAGUGCCCACAAAAGGAAAUCUCAAGAUGUUGCCAGUAGGUUCCAUCUCAUCGCCUGUUCAUGCAUAAUAUUUUUCAGAUUCUGGAGCAAUUUGGAAACCCUAUUUCUGUGUGCAAAUGUUGCACCUUGUUGGCAAUGUAUGCAGUCAGCACCAGGCUACAGCCUGAAUCUUUGGGAGUGUUUGGCAGAUGUGGAUAUGGCCUUGUAUUCAUCUGUGUUGUCCUUCAGAGAAUGUAUGCAUCUGUAGCCCCAAGGUGCUUUUUCCCUGUCUAGAAAAUGUGUGUGUGUGCCAGCUGUUAGUCUGAGACACCUUGAGCACAUCCUUUUUCAGAACUUGUCUGAACUUCAUGCUCUGAAAUCAUUUUGUCUGAACAAUUCAUGUUGGAGUACUCUGGGGGUCUCCUCAAGGUGGUUGGAUCCCAGCCAAGAAGAACCACAUAUUUUUGCCCACACUGUGUGGUUCCUCCUUAGCCAUUGAUGGAGCACCAUGAAGCCGGCUCUCUUGCCACUCUAGUAGCCUCUCAAUUGUCCCCUUGAUGCUGCGCAAGCUGUGUGAUCUGUAACUGACCAUCCAGUGUGGGCAGAAUUAAUGCUAAGAAUCGAAGCACUUGAAAAACGAAAGCUCCCUUCUUACACAGUUUGUUCUCGUUAUCACAAUAGUAUUGUUCCUUGUUGCUGCUCAUGAUCUCCCCUAAAAGCCAUGUGUGUGUUUCUAAGCAAUAAAUUGUCCCAAGACAUCUAGCCAAUUAUUUAAAUACGAACUUUCUAUGUUGGCCCAGUUUAGGUCUUUGAAUGCAGCUAAAUUCUUCAGUUACGUCACCACAUUAUAAAGCUCUACGCAGAAAAACUUUUCUUCUUCAGAAAGGAGUGAAUGUAUCUACACUAGAAGUAUUUUCCAGUUUUUAGGAUUAAUUUAAAAACAAAAUAAGGGAUUUUAUAUUUCCCAAUCUCCUUUUUUUUACCGCAACUGUUGCUCAUUGAAUCAUUUAUGUUUGGGGAAAAUUGGGAAGAUUUUGGGAUCCAGUUUUAACACUAGUGUUUUGAGCUACAUAAUGUGAUGGUCAAAAUUUCCUGGGCGGCACAAAGGCCUCUUAUGAUGCUCCCUACAGCCAAGAUGAUGUUGCAGCACCCCUAACCCAAACCUGAUUGGUUGCCUCGAUGGAGCUCCCAGCAGCCCCAGGGACUGGUGAUGAUGGACUCCUGUCCUAGCUGUGCCUCUUUUUCAAUCAGUGUUAAGUGUCUCGGUUUCCUGUCUGUGAGUUCCUGAUUUGUUGCGAGUUGUGGGAAGGGGUUUGGCUUCUGUGUUUAGCCAAAUAAACGUCAUUUUAUGUGAAACUUU